UUUUUCUUUUAGCUUCUUAAACAUAUGUCCUAGGACUACAUUAAAUUAAUUUAUAGCAUAAAAAAACUCCAUAAUUAUUAUCACCCUGCUAAUAUGUAUAUUAAUUUAUAGCAUGGUGAUAUAAAUAAAUAUCCAUAAUUCAAAUCUUGGUGAUUGAAAACUAUUGAGUAUAUCACCCAUCUCCCCCAUAAUAAAAAAAUAAUAAUAAUAAAAAAAAACACAGCGCGGGAACACAAUGUUGUGCUUGCGUAGUAAACUCAUACUAUCCCCAUUUUCUCUCAGGACUUUCAUCGAACACCUUCCGUACCACAAACCCAACUCCUUCAAAUUCACUGCAAACACCCGCAAAUCCCUAAUUACUGCAACACCCAUCAAUUCUUCUCACUUUGAAACCCUAAAUUCUCAUCAAAAACACCAGAUUUCUCUAUAUGUUGAUACCCUUCUUGAAUGGAAUCAGAAGAUGAAUUUAACUGCUGUUACAGAGAGGAGUGAAGUAAUGGAAAGGCACAUUGAAGAUUCACUCGCAAUUCUUCCGCCUAUUAAUGAGUCUUACACUUCACAUUGUGGUUCUUCGUGUGAAAGUGUGAGUCUUGUUGAUGUUGGCACUGGUGCCGGGCUUCCGGGUUUGAUCUUAGCCAUUGCUUGCCCAGGUUGGAAGGUUACACUUCUAGAGUCAAUGAACAAGCGUUGCUUAUUCUUGGAGCAUGCAAUUAAUGUAACUGGUGUGUCCAAUGUAAAAAUUGUUCGUGACAGGGCUGAGAAUUUUGGACAAACAUUGGAGUUCAGAGAAUCAUUCGAUAUAGCUGUUGCUAGGGCUGUUGCAGAACUGAGAGUUCUAGCUGAGUAUUGUAUUCCUUUGGUUCGCAUGGGUGGUCUGUUCGUAGCUGCAAAGGGUCAUGACCCUCAGGUGGAAGUUAGAAAUGCUGAAAGAGCAAUAAAUUUAUUGGGUGCUUCUCUUUUGCAUCAGCAUUUAGUGGAAUCACAUGGCCCUUUUGGACAGCGAACUGCUAUCAUAUGUUUCAAAGACCGUCCUACCUCUAGAAAGUAUCCCCGCUCUCCAGGUACACCAGCAAAAAUGCCCUUAUGAGUGAUCAAGAUGAAUGACUUCUAUUUGUUUCCACUAUAGUCUGGCAACUUGCCUCUGUAUUGCAUCUUGGAGUUUUUAUUAUCAUCCAUACUGCAUAAUGUAGCCAGAUAAUAUACAGUCUUUGCGCUAUACAAAGAUGUUGGCAAGAAUCAAUGUAUCACAAACUCUAAUACCUGAAAUAGGCUUGGUUUGAUUUGGUAUUUGAAAAUCCUUAAUGUUGCAAUCCA